UAGGUAAAUAUAUUACAAUUUAAUCGCCUUUGCAACUCUAUGUAAUUCACAAUACUUAAUAAAGAAGAAGAGCGUGAGAAAUUUGACAGUCACUUAAUUUUUCUUAUUUAGACAAAUUACUAUUCCUCCUUUUUCACGUUUCUGGCCGAACUAGAAUUUGACGGAAAUCCAGUCGGCUGUUUCAUUAUGCUUUCGCGAAGUGCCCUCUGCACAGGAGGCCUAUUUGUCUUAUCGUUGUUGUUGCUUUCAAAUUGUGUCAAUGCGCUUUUCGAGGAUCAAAUAAAAAAAUUCGAUUGGAAGGUACAGAACAUCGGUGCGAUCAAUCAGGCACAUUUAGAAUUAAACUCACUUAGUCCUCGUUUGCUGGUUAGUACCCAUGAAAAUGUAGUUGCCGUAUUGGAGCCCCAGACUGGAAAACUAGUUUGGCGACAAGUGCUUGAAAAUCUGCCUCGUGGAGAUCUAAAGUUAAUGCAGGUAGGCAUUGUAUCUGUGAACAUAAAUGAACCUGAGAGUACGGCAGCAGCACCAACAAAUUCUAAACACGGAUUCGAUGUGCUUACCAUACAAGGUCAUGCUCCUGCGUUAGUACGUGGCUGGAAUGUAGCCAGUGGUAAUUUAGAAUGGGAAUGGUCUCUAAUGCCACUUCAAACAGAACGUGCCGAAUCAUCCUUUUGGUUCUAUAAGAACGGUUUACUGUAUCAUGUAAUUCCAACAUGGCAUAGUCAUAUUGAAGUGACGCCAUAUUUCGCCACUACUGGACGGGCGACUGAAACAACUGGCCGAAUAUCUGCUGGGUGGAUUAAUGCUGAUAAAUGUGUCCUCAGCGGUGUUUACUAUACCUGUUUAGAAAAUAAUCAGCUGAUCGGCAUUGAUUUGACGGCAAGCCAGCCACAAAUUCUGCGAAAAACUUUGGAGAACGUUGUAAAGGGAAAAUUACGCGCUGUUGAGGGUAUAAGCGGUGCUUAUGUGAUCGGUAACAGAUUGGUUAGCAUACACGAAUCCUCCGUUGUAUGCAACAAUUAUGAAAGUAAUAGUUUCAUGUUAGGAAAAUUCCAAAAACGACGAGUUUUAGCGCAAGCCGACGUCGUUAAUAAUGUUUUGCAAAUUCGAGGACACUAUGUAGAUAGUUGUGAACCAGUGUCGGAAAUGACAAUUAAUAUGGAUUAUCCUGACCAAUAUGGUACACCAACAUUAAAAACAUUCGCUUGUGCGUCACAAACGAGAGGUUGCUUGUAUGUGCUUGGCACAGAAGAUGAAUCUAUUUUGGCUGUCAACAAAGGCAAACUGCGCUGGGCGCGAGAUGAGUCCUUAGCAAAUAUAGUGGCCAGUGAAUUCAUUGAUUUGCCGCUUGCCGAUGCAGAGGGAACGUUAGAAAAUGAAAUGAAGGGAAAUACAGAGGAUGCUACGGGAUUAGAAAGUGAUAUUGCGAGCGCUUUUUCGCGACGCAUAUCUACUCAAGCCAUGCAGAUUAAGAGCAUUUUCCUACAUGUAAUCGGCUUGGGGCAACCACCAACCGAUACGCAGAAGGCUGGACUAGUGCGAGACUCUUUUGGAUUGCAUAAGAUGUUGGUUGUGUUGACGCGCAGUGGUAAAAUAUUUGGCAUUGAUAAUAUAAGCGGUAAACAUCACUGGCAGCUAUAUUUAAGCGAUGUCCAAAAUUUCGUAAAUCAGGAAUCAAUGCGAUUGCUUGUACAACGUACAUCGAAACAUUUCCCACUACAGCCACUUUGCACAGUUGUAGCUAAGGAAAAGUUAACAGGAAAUGGCGUGUUGUUUCGCUUUAACCCCAUCAAUGGAAAGCCCGCCGAAGGUGGACUCCUGAAGUUGAAUUAUAAAAUCAAACAACUGACAUUGCUAGCUGAAUCGGAAAAAGAUUCUAUAAAGGGGCUGUUGUUGCUUGACGGACAGAACAACGUCGCUGUUUACCCUCAAUACGUUCAAGAGAUGGCACAUGGCAUGUAUUUGUUCACCGCAGACAAAUCAACUGCCGUUUUGGAUGGUUACUAUGUACAAUAUGCCGACGCUGUUUUAAGCUGUUUACCGAUUUGGAAUGUGCGCCUUGGUGGUCACAAUAAUGACCAUCAACUAGUAGCGGUAGCUGGAAAAAAUCCUCUAGAACAUGUGCACUCACAAGGACGCGUGUUGCUUGAUCGUUCUGUACUUUAUAAGUACAUCAAUCCCAAUUUAGUAGCUGUGGUCACACAGGCCAACGAUCCUACACACAAAUUUUUAUUGAACGUCUAUCUCAUCGAUGCUGUUUCUGGUUUAAUCGUUUUCUCUAUGACGCACCGCCGGGCUCGAGUGCCGGUACAUAUUGUGCAUUCCGAAAACUGGCUAGCAUAUUCGUACUAUAAUGACAAAGUGCGACGCACUGAAAUAACUACAAUAGAACUAUACGAAGGUAAAACACAGGCCAACAGCACCGUCUGGAGUUCACUAAAUGCGCCUCCCAUGCCAAUGGUUGAACGUCAAUCAUACAUCAUACCCACAAUUGUGGAAACAAUGCGAGAAACUAUAACCGAGCGUGGCAUAACAAACAAACAUGUUUUGAUUGGCACAGCGAGUGGUGCAAUCAUUGAGAUGCCUUGGGCUCUACUCGAUCCACGUCGUCCAAUAACAACCAGCACACAGGGCCGUGAGGAGGGUGCGAUACCUUACAUUCCUGAAUUGCCUUUACCAACGGAAAAUAUCAUAAAUUAUAAUCAGACAAUUGCACGUUUAAGCAAUAUAUUUACGGCGCCCAGCGGUUUGGAGAGUACAUGCUUGGUUUUGGCGACUGGUUUAGACAUAUUCGUGACGCGCGUUGCUCCAUCCAAGACAUUUGACUUGCUAAAAGAAGACUUUGAUUACACACUAAUUACGGCUGUACUGCUGGCCCUAACAAGUGGCUCAUUAGUGGUCAAGCAUUUGGCCUCACGGAAACUAUUAAAACAAGCAUGGAAGUAAAAUAAUAUUAGUCAAUGUGCAUGCACCCAAUGCAACAACACUAUAACAUAAUAAUUUAGAGUCAUUAAUAAAUAAAUUAAAAAUCAUACCUAUAGACAAUUGAAGGUAUUCUAUCAAAAUAUACCGAAAAAUAAGCAAAAUAAAAUGCAAUUAAUUAUAAAAAUUUCUAAUAUGUGUUAAAUUAGCAAUCAACUUUAUUUCGAGCUGCUUUAAUUUUUAUAAAGCAAGCAUACGUCACUAUAUGCUUAUCAUUUAAAGUAACGCUAACUUUACUCUUUCUUUGAUUCUCUUCAUUUAUUUCCAUAUCCAAUUAGUUUUGUGCAUGAGUUAUUUGCGGUAAUUGUAUUUUAUUUAAUUAAAAUAGUAUUGUGUUUUUCAAUUAAAUUUUUUGCUGAUUGCUUAUGUGAUUUUGUGUUCUUUGAUUAUAUAAUUUACCAAAAAAUUAGCAAAUGCGAAACAAAUUUACAAUAAGCCAAUUAAGAUAAAUAAAAUGCAUUUGUAAAUUGUAUAGACAAAGGAAAUAUGCAUUUUAAUUCCAGAAAGAGUUUGUAAUAUUUUAUUGCAUUAAGUUGGGAACUUUCCGCGGGUAUAUUUCUGAUUAUAAACUACCACCGACUUUGAGAAAAUUCCUUAAUUUCUUUAAUAUAUCUGCAUUAGGCACCAUCCUCCCCACUAUAUUUCAUAAUAAAAUAUAUAUCUUUUAAACAAUGUUGCCAAACUUCAAUCGAUAUAUGUACAUAUAGCAGAAGUGGAUCCACCCCAAACCAAUUCAAAUUGAAAUAGGUAAACUGGUAUUUUUCAAAAUAACUACUACAAUGCAAAAUAUUCCACUCUUAUACACAAGGUUGAAUAUAACGAAGGUGCCAGCAGUAAGUUUAUAUUAGCUAUAACUGUUAUUUAAAAUUAAAUUUAGUUUUUUUGUUUUUUAUUGUUUGCGCGUUGGUCCACUGCCCUAACACUUAAACUGUGACGAAUUUGAAGCUUUAUUUAUUUUGAUCAUCAAUCUUCGAAAUAUCUCACUUGAUUUUCUAUCUAAUGACAUAUGAAUAAACGUCAAGUUGCUGUUAUUGCCCCUAAAUAGGUUGCCGCAUGAUAAACAAACCACAGACCGUCGGUUCUUCGUUCCAUAAUGAAAUAAAACAAAAGCAUUGGUUUGUUUAUUUAUUUUAUUAUUAUACUUUGAUUUAAGAAAUGCUUAAUAUAAACAAAAAUGCAGCAAAUCACUUAUUUUCAAAUAUUAUUGUGUAGGAGUUAACAAAUAUAAUAUACUUACAUACAUACAUGUAAGUAUAAUGGUAUAUAAACUUUCAUUCAAAAAAGAAUUACUGUUGUGCUUUAAACGUUUAGAAAGUAAAUUAAAUGCAAGUUAUCUUUUAUGUACAGGCUAAAAUAAAAAUGGAGUAUACUUAUGUGUAGAUAUGUAUAUGAAACCAAAUGCAUAAAUCAGUAAUUAAAACAUUUAUGAAAUUCUGAAUAAAUAUUUUACGUUUUUCGGAACACUUCUUAAAUAAUAUUCAGCAGUGUAUGUACAUACAUACAUCUAUAUACAUAUGUACGUCUGAGAUUUUAAACGAACAACAAUAUAAUUUAGUUGUAAUAUAAUAAUUCAGUUGUCGAUGCUGCUUUCUCCAUAUGUCUUACAUUUACCAACUCAAUUCUUCCGGGAGCCCACCAGGAUACUCUCCGGUCAAGCAAGCCGUGCAAUGCCCACUUUUAUUCGGAUUCGAAGCCUUUUUGUUCAUUUCCACUGCCUUCACUAGACCC